CAGGAGGAGCUUGCUUUUUCCCUCAGCAAGCUGCCUCUGGGAGCCCUGGAAGGCUCCAGAAGCCUCCGGGUCUGAGGAGGCUUCUAAAAGGGCCUCACAUGCCCCAGGAGCCACGUGGAUACAGAACGAGGGUUCCCGCUCUCAGAGAGUUGGUCCCCAGUUCCCAUGCAGGGAGUGGAGCCUCUGAGCACUGCCAGAACAACAGGCAGGGUUCUCGACAGCACAGAGCCUCACGCAAUGUGCAGGCAGGUGGUGCUCUCGCUCCACCACGGCACCUCUGCGGUCUCUGCAGCCGUUUGCAUUUCCUGAAACCGGAUCUUAGUGUCAGAGCCGCCCCCAGCCGGGCGGGCGCCUCAGCCAUGGCCCUGCGCAAGGAACUGCUCAAGUCCAUCUGGUACGCCUUUACCGCGCUGGACGUGGAGAAGAGUGGCAAAGUCUCCAAGUCCCAGCUCAAGGUGCUGUCCCACAACCUGUACACGGUCCUGCACAUCCCCCAUGACCCCGUGGCCCUGGAGGAACACUUCCGAGAUGAUGAUGACGGCCCUGUGUCCAGCCAGGGAUACAUGCCCUACCUCAACAAGUACAUCCUGGACAAGGUGGAGGAGGGGGCUUUUGUUAAAGAGCACUUUGAUGAGCUGUGCUGGACACUGACGGCCAAGAAGAACUAUCGGGCAGAUAGCAACGGGAACAGUAUGCUCUCCAAUCAGGAUGCCUUCCGCCUCUGGUGCCUCUUCAACUUCCUGUCUGAGGACAAGUACCCUCUGAUCAUGGUUCCUGAUGAGGUGGAAUACCUGCUGAAAAAGGUACUCAGCAGCAUGAGCUUGGAGGUGAGCUUGGGUGAGCUGGAGGAGCUUCUGGCCCAGGAGGCCCAGGUGGCCCAGACCACCGGGGGGCUCAGCGUCUGGCAGUUCCUGGAGCUCUUCAAUUCAGGCCGCUGCCUGCGGGGCGUGGGCCGGGACACCCUCAGCAUGGCCAUCCACGAGGUCUACCAGGAGCUCAUCCAAGAUGUCCUGAAGCAGGGCUACCUGUGGAAGCGAGGGCACCUGAGAAGGAACUGGGCCGAACGCUGGUUCCAGCUGCAGCCCAGCUGCCUCUGCUACUUUGGGAGUGAAGAGUGCAAAGAGAAAAGGGGCAUUAUCCCGCUGGAUGCACACUGCUGCGUGGAGGUGCUGCCAGACCGCGACGGAAAGCGCUGCAUGUUCUGUGUGAAGACAGCCACCCGCACGUAUGAGAUGAGCGCCUCAGACACGCGCCAGCGCCAGGAGUGGACAGCUGCCAUCCAGAUGGCGAUCCGGCUGCAGGCCGAGGGGAAGACGUCCCUGCACAAGGACCUGAAGCAGAAACGGCGCGAGCAGCGGGAGCAGCGGGAGCGGCGCCGGGCGGCCAAGGAAGAGGAGCUGCUGCGGCUGCAGCAGCUGCAGGAGGAGAAGGAGCGGAAGCUGCAGGAGCUGGAGCUGCUGCAGGAGGCGCAGCGGCAGGCCGAGCGGCUGCUGCAGGAGGAGGAGGAACGGCGCCGCAGCCAGCACCGCGAGCUGCAGCAGGCGCUCGAGGGCCAACUGCGCGAGGCGGAGCAGGCCCGGGCCUCCAUGCAGGCUGAGAUGGAGCUGAAGGAGGAGGAGGCUGCCCGGCAGCGGCAGCGUAUCAAGGAGCUGGAGGAGAUGCAGCAGCGGUUGCAGGAGGCCCUGCAACUAGAGGUGAAAGCUCGGCGAGAUGAGGAAUCUGUGCGACUCGCUCAGACCAGACUGCUGGAAGAGGAGGAAGAGAAGCUGAAGCAGUUGAUGCAGCUGAAGGAGGAGCAGGAGCGCUACAUCGAACGGGCGCAGCAGGAGAAGGAAGAGCUGCAGCAGGAGAUGGCACAGCAGAGCCGCUCCCUGCAGCAGGCCCAGCAGCAGCUGGAGGAGGUGCGGCAGAACCGGCAGAGGGCUGACGAGGAUGUGGAGGCUGCCCAGAGAAAACUGCGCCAGGCCAGCACCAACGUGAAACACUGGAAUGUCCAGAUGAACCGGCUGAUGCAUCCAAUUGAGCCUGGAGAUAAGCGUCCGGUCACCAGCAGCUCCUUCUCAGGCUUCCAGCCCCCUCUGCUUGCCCGCCGUGACUCCUCCCUAAAGCGCCUGACCCGCUGGGGAUCCCAGGGCAACAGGACCCCCUCGCCCAACAGCAAUGAGCAGCAGAAGUCCCUCAAUGGUGGGGAUGAGGCUCCUGCCCCGGCUUCCACCCCUCAGGAAGAUAAACUGGAUCCAGCACCAGAAAAUUAGCCUCUCCUAGCCCCUUGUUCUUCCCAAUGUCAUAUCCACCAGGACCUGGCCACAGCUGGCCUGUGGGUGAUCCCAGCUCUUACUAGGAGAGGGAGCUGAGGUCCUGGUGCCAGGGGCCCAGGCCCUCCAACCAUAAACAGUCCAGGAUGGAACCUGGUUCACCCUUCAUACCAGCUCCAAGCCCCAGACCAUGGGAGCUGUCUGGGAUGUUGAUCCUUGAGAACUUGGCCCUGUGCUUUAGACCCAAGGACCCGAUCCCUGGGCUAGGAAAGAGAGAACAAGCAAGCCGGGGCUACCUGCCCCCAGGUGGCCACCAAGUUGUGGAAGCACAUUUCUAAAUAAAAACUGCUCUUAGAAUGAA